GUUUUUCCUCUCGUUUAUAUUUUUCAGGUAGGCCAUUUUGUUUUGAAGUGAACACCUGAUGCAAUGAAAUGAGAAAAAUAGGCCUGAAGAAACGUGUGCCCUCUAUGACGUAAUAUGUCGGUGACAUUACCCGAAGCAGUAUUCCUGCUAGUCAUCAGAAUUUUGAUAUAUUUUAUUAACGAUUUUCAUUAUUGACGUGCGUUGAAGCCGCGCUCGUUGUUUUUUGACCUGACGCAAGUCUCCCGCCUCCUUCCCUGGCGACUCGUUGAUGAAAACGUGAUCCGGAAUUUUCCAUCAUGACUAAAUGGGGUGAGCACCCUGAACUGCUGUGCUCAGUGUGAUAUCAGCGAUCCACCGUGUUGGUUGAGUGUACAGUAUUGUGAUAUCGAAGAAUACUCAGACGUUUUCCGCCAUGGACCGUCUCGAAGAUUGUAAGGAGGAAUCAAAUUCGUCUGCUGCGUUAGAUGUUCUGAAUUAUUUUUCUGAAGUCGAUGGUGAUGCGUCUAAAAUUGUAUGGGCCCAUCGCGUCAAUAGUGUGGAAAUGCUGGAAAAAGCUCUGAAAGAUGAAAGUGUUAUGAUGCUUGAAGCGGAUAUCUUAUCUGGAACUGUUAUUGGGGAACCAAGUAGAGAGACUGCUAUAAUGAGUCACCCACCUGACGUGGAAUCCGACUUGUCAUUCGAUCGAUUUCUGGAGGAUUUUCUAUCUUCGCAAGUGCGGAAAGGAUUGAAGCUGGAUUUUAAGGAUUUUUCUGUCGUUGAAUAUUGUCUUCAGAAGUUGGAACAGAAUGUGGGAGAGGUUAAUUUUCCACUUUGGCUCAAUGCGGACAUCAUUCGAGGACCAGUUCGACGCAAGAGAGAUCCCAUCGAUCCGGAUGCUUUUCUUCCGUUGUGCAAGAAAUACUUCCCUGAAGCAACUUUGUCUGUUGGUUGGACCGUAGACGUUCCGAUGUUUUACUUGGGUUGGGGUGCGUACAAGAUGGAACACGUCACUGAAAUGGCCGAGGCUCUGAAGAAGCACGGUAUUUCUCAACCGGUUACAUUCCCAGUUUUUGGUCUGUUCGCGCAUAAUUCCAUUGACGCACUUCGUUGGCUGCUGGACAAUGUCAGCGAUAGUUCGCUCACGAUUUGGGGAGGUAAAGCUGAUUCUCCCUAUCAUAAUAGGAAGGCUCUCGGGAAAAUGAGGGAUUUACUUGGGAGGCAUAGGGUAUAUUUCGAUGUCCCGUAUGCCGUUCCCGACUGAAUUUUUUUUAAAGCAUUUUUGAUCGAUUUGGUUUAUUUUAUAUUUUUAUUUUCACAUCAGUUUUUCUCAUUUGGCGUAUUUGAGCUGAUACUUCUAGAUUACGGAAGAACGGAUGUUGCUUCGAAGGAAGCGUAAUUAGCCUUCUUAGCUAGAGGUAUACCUGAACGGGUCGCUGUUUUUCAAGAUCGGCAGAUUAUUUGAGGAGCGCGCUUAUUGCAUGGCACGUGGUGUGCUUAUGGGUAAUGAAGCUGAAUGAUGUGUUUAACGAAUUUCGCGAGUUUGACCUGUGCUUUUCUGGAAAGCAAUUAGGCUUUACCUCGAAUUUCUUCAGCAUGCUAGUCCAGAUUGUCCGGGUUAUUAUGAAAUAAAUGCGUGAAUGCUCAGGA